GACAAACGGACAGACGUAUAUGUCUUAGGUAUAUAUAGAUAUAUAUACAUCAGCGGUAGUAAGGGUUAUGCUUUCGUUGAAUUUAGACAUCCCGAAGUAGCUCAAGUGGCUGCAGAAACUAUGAAUAAUUAUUUGAUGUUCCAGAAGGUGCUUAAUGCCGCCUACAUACCUCCUGAUGAGCAGAAAUACAAUUAUUUCAGGAGCACAAUACGUCAAGUCAAAACUAAGUCUGGCAAAAUGAAAUGGGUUUCUAGUACAACCGCCUCUAUACGACGUAAAACGCAACAGUAUAACGACUGGUCACAGAAAAACCUUGAAAAACCUAGUAGUGCAUACGAUACAUUUUUUUAUUGUGAUUUGUAUACGUUUCUUACCAAUAAUUAGUAAUAUUUAUUAUCUGGACAUAUAAGCCACAAAUUUACGGGCUUGGUCCA